UACAAACAAAGUAGGCAGCAGUGAUCGAUUGGAACAUAGGGAUGUCCCCAUUUGUCUGCAGGGGACAGUUUUAGACCAGUUCCAGAUUGCGAAGUUAUAUGCCAACAGAAAUGUGUACACAAAUGGAACUGGUGAACUGUGAAGCCUCUCCUUCAUGCUGACUCUGAUAAGUAACAAACGCAAAAAUCACUCGAAUUCUGUACAGUAUGCUUCCUGUGACUGUUUAUUUGGAAGCGAUUAACUCGAAAGAAUUCUGACAAAUGGAAUCGCCAGAGAAAAAAAUCUGUAUAGUCAACGGAGAUUGUCAAUCGUCGAUAGAAUACAAAAAGUUCAAUUUGCCCCAUAAGUACCCGAGCGUGAUCGGUGGCGCGAGAAUCAAUCCUGUCGGGCAGAGUUUGAAAAAGAUCACGAUCAUGAACCCGAGUGGUAGCAAAAUAAAUGUCACCGCGCAGGGUACCAGCAAAUUGCGUAUAAGGGGCAAAGAUGGUACAGACCUCGGGGAAGUUAAAGCGACAUUUCUCAACCCCAAUAAAUUAAAUGGAAAUCAUUUAAUUAAUAAGCAGUUCGCGGUGAACAAGAAAGCUAACACGCUGACAUUAAGCACACCGGAUGGUGUUUAUGGGAUGCUGAUUCCAAUAGAGAAACAAAGUACGCAGCAGCUGGCAAAGAAUUCUGUAAUUCUAAACUGCAUAAAACCUGUUUUAUCAAAAUCUAAUGAGGAACCGAAAGGAACAAAUGAACAUGACAGAAUCACAGCUGCUAAUAAACUGUUGAAAGAUCCGAAAAAGGAUUCAGUCAGAAGUAAAUCGUUGAAAAUAAAUAAAAGCAAUAAGCAAGCGCCAACCUGUAUUUGUAAAUCACUAGGAGUUCUUAAGCAGAAGAUUCAAUAUUUCGAUAUGAAUACAAAAAAUGUACAAAAAGGGACAGAAAGAAAGAAAUUGACUGCAACUAAUAGAGGGUAUACUGUACCACAUAAUUAUUCAGAUGUUUCAGAAAUCGGUACUUCAAGAAUCACUAAUAAGAAGGAAAAAGAAUCUACUGGCGAAGAGAAGAAAUUAAUCAAAGAAAAUAUGAGUGCGAAGACGGUAUUUAUGAAAGCGAUAAGUCCAGGAAAGUCGACCACAGCGUCAAAGACGAUUCGUAUCGUUAAACAUAAGAAAUUGCCACUUGAUAUAAUCACUCCGACAAAUUCUACAUCGCCAGCUGCUGAAAAAUCAUGUAUUAAGUUACCAACUGUAAAAGUGCUCCAAGAUACUAAAAAUGAUAUCCGUGAAUUAUUAAAAAUUAUCAACAAACCCCAUAUAAGUAAUAAGACAAUUGAACCUGAUCAAGAUGUACGGAGUAGUAAUACUACAGAGAAAUUAAAUAUUAAUAGUGUAAAGGAUUUAGUAUCUACUGUCUCAGAAAUGAAGGGCAUUCCCGAAAAAAACGUUGAAGACAAGAUAAUUAGUGAUGAAAAUGAAGACGACGUUGUAAUCCUAUACGAAAAGAGGACAGAGGAACCUCAGUUAGUGCCUGACGUGAAAAAUAUAGAUAGUGGUACUAACAUAAUUAAUGAAUCUACUCAAAAUCAUACGCAACAUGUAAAUAGUAGUGAACUUAUUACAACGGUAGCGCAAUCUGUGCCUCAGAACAAUGAGAAACAAACCACUCAUACGACAAUACCACUGAAAUAUGACGAGAAUAUUAGGGAAAUAGCUUUGUUAGCUCUGGCGGAGUGCGGUACAAAAAAGAUGCAACAGAUCACAAAAAACUGUCUGGAGGUACCGCAGUACAAGGAAAUACAGACGCAGACCGACGUCUUUGGACUUCUCGAUGAAGGAUAUUUCGUAUCCAUAAACGAAGCGAUGGACGGUUUGGAACGAAUGAAACAAAAAACAUUACAGCAAACGGAAAAUAGUUCGAUUGCCCAUGAAGUGCAGGUGCAAACCGAUUUGGAACAAGCGAAUCUUCAGCAACAGUUGAGGUCCAGCAUGAACUGUAACUUUGACAACAUGGAUAUGAUAUUCGCAUGGAACUCGUCUCCCACACCGGAAAUAGAAGACAUUCAUAGUUAUUUCAAGACUACCUUUAAUAGUAACGAGGAAGUAGACAAGGUGAAAAAGGUUCUGUCGAUACCGCAAACCUUCUGCAAGAGAGUCGCUACGCAGCUUGAGAAGGAUUAUGAAGAAAUGCAAUCGUGGGACGAUGACGGAUUUUUUAAUAUUCACAGAGCAGUCAUGAACGACGAUUUUAGGCGAGUGAAGAGGCUGAUGGUGGUCCUGAACGCUUCAAAGACGAACAUCGACAUACGCACCGAGGACGGGUUGACUUCUCUCGAGCUAGCGGUCAAAUAUUGCAGUUCUGAGAGCAUAGUGAAGCUCCUACUGGACGCCGGAGCUAAGCCGAUCACCUCAGAACUACUUCACGAAUCGGCAGUAAUUCUAGCUAGCAAAUCGUCGUCCCCGUUGCUACCAUUGCUCUUAGAUUACGUGACGGAGAGCGAACUACUCAAUCAGAUGGAUUCGACAGGUUUCGCCCCAUUGCAUUAUUGCGCGAUGCACGGCAACAUGAACGGAUUGACCAGUCUGAUAUCAAAGGGCGUGGACGUGAACGUGAGGGAUCAUCGUUCGGGUCGAACGCCGUUCUUCCACGCGGUGGAAAAUAAUCACAUGAAGAUCGCUCAGAAAUUAAUACAGAGCGGCGGCAUCGCGGACAUACCGAAUUUCUCAGGACAGUCCGUGAUGUCUUUGGUCUGCGAAGCUAAGCGUUUUCUACUGAUGCCAGUACUGAGAGACAUGAUAUUUCAACUCCCUGCCAGCAAAAAUCGCUCGAACUUUUAGGUGACCUCGAAAUGUAAUAGGAAAUUUUUACGCAAGUUCGCCGUACAAUAUUGAUAUUUUCCAAGCAUAAUUUAUCCGUAUUCGUAAAUCGAAGGCUCAUGAUAAUUGUUACUCAAUUGUACACAAUCAUGAGAUUUGUUAUUAUUAUGUGAAUUAUAAAAUAACGUUCAUCUUGUUGAACAGAUAAAUUUUUUCUAAUCCCAGUCCGAAGAGAUUGUAGUAUCGUUAAAUUGUUAUUAUUUGUUAUUUGUUUUUAUAAUUUAUUAAGCAUAAUUCUGAAAAUUUUCUGUUAGUGUAAUCGUUAUGGAAAUUAUUUGGAAUGAAGAAAGAAGGAACGCUGUAAUCACUGCCAUUGAACUUAGCUUUAGAUCGUGUAAACGCCUUACCACGUGUAUAAUUUAAAUUGUAAUUUUAAUACUGAGCAUACUUGUACAUACUUGUUAAAGUGUUAAAUUAAAUAAAUUAGACAACGAA